AUGGAUCGCAGAACAUAUGAAAGCCCUAUGGAAUGGGAAUACCAGGAUCACGGACCUCUGGAUGCGACCAGCCCGUUUGCACAGGUUGCAAAGACCAACACCCAGAACAGCUUCAGCUCACCGAACAAAUUCGCAAGCUCCAAGCCGAACCCUUUCUUGAGCCCCUCCAAGCCGAACCUCUUCGCGGGUACCCCCUCCAGGAUACUUCCAUCUCUGCCGCAGGCAUCGCUUUUCUCCCCCAGAGUACAGAGAAAUAACAUGGCGCCGCCGUUCCGAAACCCGGCCUUCACCACCCCGCGCAAACCCUUCGACGAGAGUACCUAUUCGGAGGCUUCGGGCGCAGAAUCGAGCCCCGCCUUGACAGAAAAUUCGGAGCUUCCAGACGAUACUCCCGACGUCGACAGAUACGGAGACACGAGCAUGGCCACCAUGACACCUUCCAAGGUCGACAAAAGCUUCCGCUAUGGCAAGGCAAGCCAGUCAUCGAAGCGCCACGCGCCAGGCAAGGGCGAGAUCCCCAGAAGUGCACGAGAAUACCCCGCUAUAAGGAAGCGGAAGCGACACAACCUCGACAAGGAUGUAGGAAGCGUACGCUAUCAUGGCGCACAGGACUGGGAUGACUCGGAUGACGACUCGGAUGGUGACGGAUCCCGCUCGGCGGCUCGCGGCGGCAAAGGCAGCAAGAAGAAUAUGAAGAACGGUCGUGGCUGGAUCAGCAACCUGUUCCAUGCUCUGGAGGAACACCCGAAUGCCCCCGAGAACCUCUAUCGCUGGAUCCAGCUUUUGGUCAACUGCAUAAUUGUGUCAGCAUUUGUCUUCUUCUGUUGGUCUAUUCUGGAUACCGUUCGGUCGGAUAUUCGAACUGCCAACGACGCAGCUCGUCUGGAAAUCGAGAAUAGGAUGUCUGAAUGCCGGACCGAAUACCAGCUCAACGAAUGCGCCAAGAAGGAUCGGCCUGCGUUGAAGGCAAUGUGCGACGAAUGGUACGAGUGCAUGAUUCAAGAUCCUUCGGCCAUCAUGAGGGUUCGGGUCACUGUCAAGCAAAUCGCGGAAAUCCUUAACGAAUUCGCCGGCGCCAUGCAGGUCAAGGCCUGGGUAUUCUUCUUCGGCAUCCUUUUCCUGUGUAUCGUCGCCAAUAACCUUACGUUGGGUCGUAUGGCAAACAAUGCUGGCCCCAGCCACCCAGUGCCAGCGCACCGCGCGACGUCUGGAGCUGCUCCGGAGCCAUCGGUGAUCCCUGAGCCUUCACAGGCAUACAUGUGGGUUCCUAUUCAAACACCUUCACAUCGCCGCCACAUCCAGUAUGACAACGAUGAUACCGACACCGACGCAUCGCCGCCAAAGAUGAAGUCGAUUAUGCCGCCGCGGACUCCUUCUGGACGUCGUAGUCCAAGCAAGGGUGACCGGGAUCGAUUGCGCAGUCCGACCAAGUAUGCAGGGCUCAGUCCCACCAAGGGUUAUUGA